AUGCUAAGAAACAAUUCUCUCAGCCUUACCUGUCAGUUAUCUUCCAAAACCAUCCUCUCCCCCAGACACAGGGAGACUGUCACCAUCUUCUCCCCCAGACACAGGGAGACUGUCACCAUCUUCUCCCUCAGACACAGGGAGACUGUCACAAUCCUCUCCCCUCAGACACAGGGAGACUGUCACCAUCCUCUCCACCAGACACAGGGAGACUGUCACCAUCCUCUCCCCCGGACACAGGGAGACUCACUAUCCUCUCCCCCAGACACAGAGAGACUGUCACCAUCCUCUCCCACAAAAAAAGGUAGACUGUCACCAUCCUCUCCCCCAGACACAGAGAGACUGUCACCGUCCUCUCCCCCAGACACAGGGAGAUUGUCACCAUCCUCUCCCCCCGGACACAGGGAGACUGUCACCAUCCUCUCUCCCCAGACACAGGGAGACUGUCACCAUCCUCUCCCCCAGACAGGGAGACUGUCACCAUCCUCUCCCCUCAGACACAGGGAGACUGUCACCAUCCUCUCCCCCGGACACAGGGAGACUGUCACCAUCCUCUCCCCCAGACACAGAGAGACUGUCACCAUCCUCUCCCCCAAAAAAAGGGAGACUGUCACCAUCCUCUCCCCCAGACACAGAGAGACUGUCACCGUCCUCUCCCCCAGACACAGGGAGACUGUCACCAUCCUCUCCCCCAGACAGGGAGACUGUCACCAUCCUCUCCCCUCAGACACAGGGAGACUGUCACCAUCCUCUCCCCCAGACAGGGAGACUGUCACCAUCCUCUCCCCUCAGACACAGGGAGACUGUCACCAUCCUCUCCCCUCAGACACAGGGAGACUGUCACCAUCCUCUCCCCCCAGACACAGGGAGACUGUCACCAUCCUCUCCCCCCAGACACAGGGAGACUGUCACCAUCCUCUCCCCCAGACACAGGAAGACUGUCACCAUCCUCUCCCCCAGACACAGAGAGACUGUCACCAUCUUCUCCCCCCAGACACAGGGAGACUGUCACCAUCCUCUCCCCCGGACACAGGGAGACUGUCACCAUCCUCUCCCCCCAGACACAGGGAGACUGUCACCAUCUUCUCCCCCAGACACAGAGAGACUGUCACCAUCUUCUCCCCUCAGACACAGGGAGACUGUCACCAUCCUCUCCCCCGGACACAGGGAGACUGUCACCAUCCUGUCCCCCAGACACAGGGAGACUGUCACCAUCCUCUCCCCUCAGACACAGGGAGACUGUCACCAUCCUGUCCCCCAGACACAGGGAGACUGUCACCAUCCUCUCUCCCCAGACACAGGGAGACAGUCACCACCCUGUCCCCCAGAGACUGGAAGACUGUCACCAUCCUCUCCCCCAGACACAGGGAGACUGUCACCAUCCUCUCCCCCAGACACAGGAAGACUGUCACCAUCCUCUCCCCCAGACACAGGGAGACUGUCACCAUCCUCUCCCCUCAGACACAGGGAGACUGUCACCAUCCUCUCCCCCAGACACAGGGAGACUGUCACCAUCCUCUCCCCUCAGACACAGGGAGACUGUCACCAUCCUGUCCCCCAGACACAGAGAGACUGUCACCAUCCUCUCCCCCAGACACAGGGAGACUGUCACCAUCCUGUCCCCCAGACACAGGGAGACUGUCACCAUCCUCUCUCCCCAGACACAGGGAGACUGUCACCACCCUGUCCCCCAGAGACUGGAAGACUGUCACCAUCCUGUCCCCCAGACACAAGAAGACUGUCACCAUCCUGUCCCCCAGACACAGGGAGACUGUCACCAUCUUCUCCCCCAGACACAGGGAGACUGUCACCAUCCUCUCCCCCAGACACAGGGAGACUGUCACCAUCCUGUCCCCCAGACACAAGAAGACUGUCACCAUCCUCUCCCCCGGACACAGGGAGACUGUCACCAUCUUCUCCCCCAGACACAGGAUUGACAUCUACACCCUCGAUGUCCUGUGUAGCCUGGAACAUGAAGGUGAAUGUCACAGGUAG